ACGACUAGCGGGUUCAAUAUUCAAAUAAUCAAUUCAUUAUUUAAUCUUGAGGGGAACGCUUCACUUGGUUUGAUUGUAACGUCAGACGUGAGUAUAUAUAUGCCUAGUCGGCUCCAAUCAGAAUUGAGCGCACGAACUUUGCGAUGCUUUUCCAGUCCGUGAUCGUGGCUUUUUUCCUAAAGUUUUUUUUUUUCGUCUAAUAAAUCUCUUAUGAACCUAGCUUAUUCCGGACCGUACCGAGAAAAUAUCCUCCCCCGGUCAUUUUUGUACGGACCUGGCUGCGUUCGGUCCUCAGGGCGACUUAACGCAGUACGGCCCUCGUGCGUGCGUGGUUAAUAAGAUAUGCUAGUAUGUUAAUAUGCAACUGGAAAGGGUUGCGCGACAACUUUUAACAAUUUUCCCCAGCUCUGAAAGUGAAAACAAAAAAGCACUGAAAAGUCAGCCGAGGUUUCCCACUACAUACUUUCUUUACCUUUGUUUUGAUUUUAUUUUUGCAUCCUUAGGUAGGGAUCUCAAGGAAAAGGGUUUUGCCUGCUAUUGGCGGAAGAAUUCUAACAUAUGUCAUACACACAUUGCAUAUUUUGGACUGUGACUGAGAUAAUGACAACUGAUAACCUUUUUGCUCAUUUUUGACAUUCAUUUAGGAACCGAAAAGAUUUCUUAACUAAAUUAUGACUUCCCGUUUUGAUGCGAAACUGAAAAGAAGGACAAGGCGUUGACUUCCGCAAAUUCACAGCAAGACCGGAACAACCCACUUCCGGUCUUAUAUCUCUUAUUAUUCACAUAUUUCGUGACUCGUUUGCAUUUCAAUCUUGCCUCGCGAAUGGAAAUGAAAUCGUCGCGAGGCCUCAGUGAAGCUUCGAAGGUCAUAUAAAUGCAAGCUAACACAAUGGCUGUCGCAGACGUCCCUGAUCAUCAGGAUGGUAAAAUAAAUGAAAGUGAAAGUGAACAUGAAGAUGAAAAGUGUAACCUUUGCAAUGUAAUCACCAGUUGCUGUCGGCCAUGUCGGCGUCUUAUCAAAAACAUCGCUGAUGAUCGACCAGACAUUACAGAAGGAGAUGAGGUCGCUAGAUUCUGGAAUGAGAGAGCAAAGUGCAGUCGAUUUUCUCUGCUUUUCCCAUCUGUCACGGCUCUGUUAUUUGUUGCCGAUGUUGGUAUGGAUUGUGAGAUAGCAGCAACACAUUACAGCAGAGGAGAUUAUAAAUGGGCUGCCUACACACUGACUGUGAUUGUGUUCUCAUUGAUUAUAACUGAUGCCCUGUCAGCCAUAUUUUUCCUUGACGAUCAAAAAGACCAAGGAAAAACAGAGUGGCUCGGGAGAAACGACUUAGAAGUUAAACCCUGGUUCUAUGCGUUCCAUUUUAUUUGUUGUGGUCGUCUUAUAAGGUGCUUCCAGAUCUUUAGGACCGUGCGUUUUAUACGAAAAAUCCAAAGCCGUGAUCCACGUAAUACGGAGCUGUAUCGCCUGUAUAUCUCUCAGCUGCAAGACUCGAGUACAUUGGGUGUCGUGGAAGCGUUUACUGAAGAGGCGCCCCAGGUCGCUCUUCAGCUGUACGUUCUUUUUCAGAAAGGUACCAUGGAUUGGACGUCAUUCGCCGACUUGUUUGUGGCAAUAAACAUCAUUAAGUCUUUGGCUCUGUUCGCUUUCAGUUUAUUAAGUUUUUGUAGAUUCCUUCGCCUCGGAAAUGAACAAAGCCAGCUGUUGGAGCUUUUUAGCUUGGCUUCUGUCUUCCAUUUCUCUUGGCGCUUAUUUAUGCUUGUUUCCAGGAUACUGACUUUAGUUCUGUUUGCUUCUAAUUUCCAGCACUUUGUUUUUGUAGCCGUUGGUAUCCAUUUGUUGUUUUCAUACUUUCUGUUGCGCGGACAGCCAGAUAAUUACUUCGAAGAAGGAUCAUUAAGAGAUAUAUUGCUUAGAUGUGCCUUUAUUUGCAUCAACGUGUUUUGUUUUUUCCCUUUGGAGGGCGAGCGUACACGAAAUUGGGGAAUUCCAUAUUACCUGGUGACUUUCAUUGAGGACUCCAUCAUGGUUCUGUUGUGGUAUUUCCUCAGUGAUUUUGAUAAGGUGUUCAAGAUGAUCAUGCUAAUAACUGAGUGGGGCGCGUUUCUGCUUGGUCUUGUAUCGGUGUUGCUUUAUUACGGCGUGUUUCAUCCGUCCUUACAUGCAAGAGUUUGUACGAACACGAUAAGAACUGACACAGCGGAUGCGCAACAAAACACCCUCUCGUUAAAUAUAAUGCAGCUUAAAAGUAGGGUUUAAAGUUCAAUCCUAGACAACAACAUCUGAAGUCGAUCCUCUCGAAUAUUGACACGGACGAGCCAGACCAGAGUGUCCUUAGAGAGGUGUCCUUACUACAGAGGUUAUAGGUAUCAGUGAGAGAAGAUGAAGGGUGAAAGAUUUAAUCCUCCAUGCAAACUUUAAGAUCAAGGUAAUCCCUCUCAAGUUAUCUUUAGACAUGGUACUCACUUUUUACGUGGAUAAUGUUGUCACCCGCGUUGCAUGGGUAUUAACGUGGUGGAGGUAAGUUUGGGUGGAGCUGCCACGGCAUGUCACGCGAGAAAAAUCUGCGUCACUGGAUUGGCUAUUUCCUAGACUCCCUUGAGAUUUCCAAAACCGGGCGUGAUCUAAAAGAAGACUUACGAGUUGAUGCGAUUAGUUAACCCCUCAAACUGGGGGAUUAUCUCUCUUACCCUUGCUGUCAUCUUCAUCGUCUCUUAGUAUAACGUCAUUUCAAAUGAGUUCUGAUCAUAAGUGGUGUUUUUCAGAAAUUGGCCAAACGCAAAUAGUUUGACUUUUUUCAUGAAGAAUAACCUACAUGUAAAUAGAUUAGGUCAAUUAAAAAAAACAGAGAAAAAGAAAAAGACACUGCAUAAUUUAGUGGAGAAACUAUUAACUUGACUAUAUUUAAUAUAAGGUAAAAUAUGUAAACAAACAGGAAAUGUUUGCUAUGUGAUUUCAUGAAUAAAGAAGUAGAGUUUAUAUAAA